CAAGUACGGCGGUGAAGACAACUUUGUCGCACUCGAGGAUGAGCAGGACGGCAAAGAUAAUGACUUUAGUGAUGCCGAGGACAUGCCCGACGUGCCCGCGGCGAAGAACGGCAAAAGCAAGGACCCGCGCACGAGGAACGCAUUCACAAGGUUUCCAAUUCUCGCCUGGGCAUAUAAGUUCAGAGAGUUCUUCCUGCGGGAGGUGCUACGCUUGGAUGGGCGCGCAGAAGCUUUGGAACUAAUGGCCUGUCCGCACUGCCAGAAGGACGGAAUGCCAGAUUACCACUGCCUGGAUUGUUGCCGUGCGGAGCUCUGCCACAAGUGCACCAUUCUUUGGCACAAGUACAACCCGUUGCACAGCAUCCAGCGCUGGAAUGGGCAGUUCUACGAGAACGUAGAGCCAAAGGACCUCGGCCUCAGUAUACAGCUCUCCCAUCGGCCCGGAGAGACCUGUGAUAUGAGGGCUUUGCAUACGGUGGAAAACUUCACCGUGGCGCAUACGAACGGGGUCAAGGUAGUGUGCAUGCACUUCUGCAAGUGCAGCCUCGCGGGUGACGUUCCGCCAUACGUGCAGCUGCUGCGAUGGCGCCUCUGGCCUGCAACUUGCAGGGAGCCGGAGUCUGCUGCGACGUUCAAAGCUCUGGACUUCUUUCAUCGGCUUUCUCUCUUCGGUAAACUCAACGGCUAUGACUUCGUCUGCGCACUGGAGGCAGCAACGGAUGGAGCAUUAACCAAAGGGGUCGUGGACUUUUGA